AUUUACAUCAUCUAAUCCUUUUUGCGGUUUCGUGAAUCCAUUACUAUACAUACAAUCGUGUGAAAUAGUUCGAUCGAUUGAAUUCAUCAAAUUCUCACUCGAUCGAUCUGUUAGGAGAUCCGGCCUUGGUUUCUGCUGUCUUGGCUCGAGAUCCGAGCCGAGACUAACGGAGUUUUGUCGGAAGAAUCUUUUGGAACUUUAUUGCUGUGAGAGGAUUUGGGGAGUUUAGAUGGCGUCGUCUGAGGGUUUUUUGACUGAAGGACAGAGGGAAAUGAUGAAAAUAGCUACCCAGAAUGCGGAAGUAUUGUCUUCUUCGCCUAAAUCGCCUUCUUCUUUGCUCAUGGAACACUAUGUUAAAGCAACGGGUGGUGGUGGUGGUGGUGGGGGUAAAUCUACAACUGGUGGUGUUGCUUCGAAAAACUAUAAACGUACACAUUCAGGCAAAGUUGUACGAAUGAAGAAGGAUGGGGCUGGUGGAAAGGGCACAUGGGGGAAGCUUAUUGAUACCGAUGGUGAACCUCAUCUCGACAGAAAUGAUCCAAACUAUGAUAGUGGUGAGGAACCGUAUGAGCUUGUUGGUUCAACUAUGUGUGAUCCACUAGAUGAGUACAAGAAAACAGUUGCCUCCAUUAUCGAGGAGUAUUUCGGGACCUGUGACGUGGACAUGGCAGCAUCUGAUCUCCGAGAGCUAGGAUCUCGUCAAUAUCUUCCUUACUUUGUGAAAAGGCUUGUUUCCAUGGCUAUGGACAGACACGAUAAAGAGAAAGAAAUGACUUCAGUCCUCCUAUCUGCUCUGUAUGCAGAUAUUAUCAGCUCAACUCAAAUCAGCCAGGGUUUUAUCAUGCUUCUAGAGUCUGCAGAUGAUCUUGCCGUCGACAUUUUAGAUGCGGUCGACAUAAUAGCGUUAUUUCUCGCACGUGCUGUUGUAGACGAUAUCCUCCCUCCCGUUUUUCUCACUAAGGCCAAGAAACUCCUUCCGGCAACUUCCAAGGGCUUCCAAGCCAUCCAAACGGCUGAGAAAAGUUACCUGUCGGCCCCACAUCACGCGGAGCUUGUCGAAAAACGAUGGGGAGGAAGUACUCGAACGACGGUCGAGGAAGCGAAACGAAAAAUAACCGAUUUGCUUAGGGAGUACGUGGAGAGCGGAAACACGGUCGAGGCUUGUAGGUGUAUACGGGAGCUUGAUGUUCCUUUCUUCCAUCAUGAGGUUGUGAAGAGGGCGUUGAUUCUUGGAAUGGAGACUCAAGCCUCAGAACAUCUUAUAAUGAAGUUACUUAAGGAAGCGUCGGAGGAAGGGUUUAUAAGCUCUAGUCAAAUGGUGAAAGGAUUCGCUCGUUUGUCGGAGAGCCUCGACGAUCUCGCACUCGACAUCCCCUCGGCAAAAGCCACGUUUCGUUCGUUGGUUCCGCGAGCCAUCUCCGAGGGCUGGCUCGACAACAGCAGUGGGAUGUCGUUAAUAGAAGAAGACAAAAACAUAGACGAGGACGAUGAGAAGGUGAGAUGUUACAAAGAAGAAGCAGUGGCAAUAAUCCAUGAGUAUUUUCUGUCUGACGACAUCCCUGAACUCAUACGUAGCCUGGAGGAUCUAGCGGCUCCGGAAUUGAAUCCGGUCUUCCUGAAAAAGCUGAUCACGCUGGCAAUGGACAGGAAGAACCGGGAGAAGGAAAUGGCGUCGGUGUUACUAUCGGCUCUCCACAUCGAGAUAUUCUCGUCGGAAGACAUCGUGAACGGAUUUGUGAUGCUUCUGGAAUCGGCAGAGGACACUGCCCUGGACAUUCUAGACGCGUCGAACGAGCUGGCCCUGUUCUUAGCGAGGGCAGUGAUCGACGACGUUCUGGUGCCCCUGAACCUAGAGGAGAUAGGGAAUCGGGUGCCUCCUCAGAACGGGGAGACGGUUGGGAUGGCUCGUAGCCUGAUAUCAGCCCGACAUGCAGGGGAGAGGCUGUUGAGGUGUUGGGGAGGGGGUACGGGUUGGGCGGUUGAGGACGCGAAGGAUAAGAUCCAGAAGCUUUUGGAAGAGUACGAGAGCGGGGGAGUGGUGAAGGAGGCGUGUAGGUGUAUUAGGGAUCUGGGGAUGCCGUUUUUCAACCACGAGGUGGUGAAGAAAGGAUUGGUUAUGGCUAUGGAGAAGAAGAACGACGGGAUGCUUGAUUUGUUGGAGGUUUGCUUCGGGGAAGGGCUGAUUACAACUAACCAGAUGACCAAGGGGUUCAGUAGGAUCAAGGAUGGGAUCGACGAUUUGGCUUUGGAUAUACCGAAUGCUAGGGAGAAGUAUGAUUUGUAUUUGGGUCGGGCGAAGAAGAUGGGAUGGCUACUGCCCGGUUUUGUUGGGGCAGAAGAUUCUGCGGCGGCUUGUUGAAGAUUGGUGUCUUUACUUUGUAUAAGAGGUGGUGGUGGUGGUGUGGUCUGGUCGGGUGUUUCUUCUGUGUAAGGUUUCUUUUUCUUUCUUUUUUUAAUUUGGGUUAGUUGUUUGGAAUGGAUGGGGAUUCUGUUUUAGUUGAUGAUCCUUGAACUGUGUUCGUGUUUUUAUCUGUUUUUAAUCAAAACAUACUUACUUACUUGACAGACA